CCUCCCCGCGUUGUGCACCCCGGGUGCGCCCGCUGCUCCCGGCACCGCACCCGGUGGCCUCGGCGGUCGGAAUAAUGAGCCGCAUCUAUCACGAUAGCGCCCUCCGGAACAAGGCGGUGCAGAGCGCGCGACUGCCCGGGGCCUGGGACCCCGCCACCUACCAGGGGGGGAAUGGCGUCCUGCUGGAGGGAGAACUGGUGGAUGUAUCUCGGCAUAGCAUCUUAGAUGCCCAUGGCAAGAAGGAACGCUACUACGUGCUGUACAUUCGGCCCAGUUGUAUCCACUGCCGUAAAUUUGACCCCAAGGGAAAUGAAAUCGAGCCCAACUUCAGCGCGACCAGGAAGGUGAACACAGGCUUCCUCAUGUCAUCCUACAAAGUGGAAGCCAAGGGAGACAGCGACAGGCUCACAAUGGAGGAGCUAAAGGGGCUGGUCAAUAAGCUCGAGCUGCUGGCACUGACAGAGAGCCUCACCCCCGACCAGACAGUGGCGUUCUGGAUGCCUGAGUCAGAGAUGGAGGCGAUGGAACUUGAGCUAGGGGCUGGGGUACGGCUGAAAACUCGGGGUGAUGGCCCCUUUAUAGAUUCAUUAGCCAAACUGGAGGCUGGAACAGUGACCAAGUGUAAUUUUGCUGGUGACCGAAAGACAGGGGCAUCCUGGACAGACAACAUCAUGGCCCAGAAGUCUUCAGAUGGGGCUGCAGUGGAGAUCCGAGAGCAGGGAGAUGGGGCAGAGGACGAGGAGUGGGAUGACUGAGAUUCAUGAAGCACGGAUGCCUCUGGGGCCACCUGCGUCUUCUAUGGCACUGUGGACAAUUUCCCUCAGCGACCUCCAUGUUGAAGCUGGAGACCAGUCUUCCAAGCCUUACCCAGUUCUUCCUGCAGCUGCUCUGAAUACCAUUUAGAGCAUGCUGAAAUCAAAUCCAAAACCACUAUGUGGAUGGAGGGAUCCUAAACUGUGGCUUAAAUGCAAGUCCAACCUUCCUAGAUAAUUUCAUGACACCUCCUGCCCUAGUGACAGCCUUGUUUUGGAGGCAGGUAGUGGGCAAGUGCCCCGGGGCAGUUUGGGAGAACUGGACUUGGUCUUGGUGCUUCAUGGGGGAUUCUUCUCCUGUCUAAAGACAGAGGACUUCUGAGGAGAAAUUAGUGGGCUCUUUUCUCCGAUCUGUUUCCUGCUUCUUUCCACCCGGCCUUCUUCCCAGCACUCUGCUGUAGCCCCUUCUCCCCUGCUUCAAGCCUCCUUCUCCACCAUUUCCUCUCAUCCCACACCUAAGGUGCCAGUCCUUCAUUACUCCUUUAACUCCAUGUUCCCUUGGGGUUUCCUGACCUCCCUGGCUGCUGCCAUAGGGGUAGCUGUUCUCAGGGAGGCCACAGCCUUCACAGUGUGGCUGAUUGGUCCUUUGCUUUCAGACUUGCUCUGCCAGGCCACAUAUUUUUUUAUUUUUGUGGUGCUGGGGAUCAAAAUCAGGGCCUCAAGCAUAUGAGGCAAGCACUCUCUGCCACUGAGCUACAUCCCCAGCCCUGAACUACAUUUUUGAUACCCUUUUUUGUACUUUGAGAAUGUUUUCACAAAUGAAUAAAUUUUCUUCUACACUGACUGGA